GAUAGGCAGAGAAGAAAAUAAUGUGUCUGGUGUUUGUGUGCGACGAGGACGAGAGAGUAGUGUUGACGCAGCCAGCACCUGGGGCGUGUCCGUACUGUGGAGGGAUGAUACAAGCUAUGAACGUACAGAGCCAGUGGAGGUUCUGCUUCCUGCCUCUCUACUCCAGAACCAAGCGCAAGUACUACUGCACCAUCUGCGCCAGACGUUUGGUGGUUCAGUUCAGGAACGGGUGAUCUUCGGUUGAACUCGUUCAGAAAGGAUAAAGGCUGGCUGAGGCUAUUGGGAAAUUGGGAAUGAACCAAAUUGGCCAACACAUACAUCCAGA